GCCAUUUUGCUUUUUAUUUACUAAGACUAACCUCUUUGAGACCAACGCCAACCGGUUAUUAUUGUAAAGUGAAGCGUGUUUGUAAAUAAUUACGAAUUUUGCGUGGAAAUUGAUUUAUUUAACUAGUUAUUGUGAUCGCAACGUUUGGGUGAGUGUAAUUUUGUAAUUAGAACUUUAAAAUCCAGUUUAUUUGUGAAGUAAUCUUAUGACCACGUCGAACAACAAAAUGGUCAAAGACGCCCCCAUUGAACUUACAGAAGAUGAAGCUCAACUUUACGACAGACAAAUUCGACUCUGGGGUUUGGAAUCUCAAAAGCGACUACGUUGUGCCCGUAUCCUUGUAAUUGGUAUUAAAGGAUUAGGAGCUGAAGUGUGUAAAAACAUUAUUCUUGGAGGAGUUAAAUCUGUAACUAUGCUUGAUCACGAAAACGUCACCGAAGAGGAUUCCUGUUCGCAAUUUUUGGCUCCAACAACUGCAGUCGGUAAAAAUCGUAGUGCUGCUUCUCUGGAACGAGCACAGGCUUUGAAUCCGUUGGUAGAUGUAAAGGUUGAUACUGACAAUGUUGCAGAUAAAAGCGAUGAUUUCUUCACUGAGUUUGACGUUGUAGUUGCUACUAAUCUUCCCGUCAAAGAACUUCUACGUCUCAACACCAUUUGUCGAAACGCUGAUAUCAAAUUCUUUUGUGGAGAUGUGUUUGGAUUCUACGGAUAUUUCUUCGCAGAUCUGCAGAUCCACGAGUAUUCUGAGGAAAUCACUGUAGCUAAAGCAGUGAAACCACAAACAAACAACAACAAGAAGCAGAAAAUCGAGGAAGAAAAGGUCACCCGAAAAGGAACAUCUAUCUUUGUACCGCUUCAUGAUGUCCUGGACAUCGACUGGACCAGCGAUGAUUACAAACAUAAAAUAUCAAAAAUGGACUGCACGUUUUUCCUGAUGAGAAUUCUGCAGUGUUUCCGAGCGGAAAUGAAUCGUAAUCCCAAAACUGACAGCGUCCAAUCUGACAUUGAACUUUUGAAGAGUAUUCGUGAUAAGGAACUUCCCAAAAUGAAUGUGAACCCUGAUAAGGUACCUGAUUCUCUAUUUGAAAUGGUUUUCUCUCAGCUGAGUCCAGUGUGUGCAAUUGUUGGAGGGGUUCUGGCCCAAGAAAUCAUCAAAACUGUUUCCCAGAAAGAUGCUCCUCAUAAUAACAUGUUCUUUUUCAACCCCAACACCCAUCUUGGACAGAUUUUCUGCUUGGGUAACUAAACUUUCACCAUAUCAAAUAUUUUCUUAUUGAAUCCUAAAACUAUAAAUUUGUGUAGCUACUUCACAAAUGGGUUCUUGGAAAAUUAUUUAUUUUUUAACAUAAGUUCAUACUUGCAAAUUCAAGUUUUGAUGAGAUCGUCUCCAAAUUCAUAUCCAUUCUAUAACUAAGUGCGACAUUUCUUGAGAACAUUUUCUUCUUGAAUGAGUUAUAAGAACAAUAUGAAUAUCAUAAUUUUUAAAUAUUAAUUAUUUUAUAAAAACGUGUGUUAUCAAUUCCGAUGUAAUAAAAAUUAUUUUUAUAAUAAAA